AUGCAAACAGAAUUGUACGGCCUUGCUGUAACCCCGGAAGGACUAGUCCAUUGGAAAGAGGGAGGGACUCUGCAUCCCAGAAACUGGCAUAUCAAUCGGAAGCUUUAUGAUUCGUUCUUGGUGAUUCUUUUCGAGUUUACCUCCUCCGCGAGUUACGCUGCGACAGAAUUUAAGAUCUCAGAGACAUUAGCAAUCUUUUGCUUUACAACCUUGUAUCUGCUCGGCCAGGCUAUUGGCAGUCUUGUUCUCCCUCCCUUCACCGAAACCUUUGGAUGUCGACCUCCGUACAUUACUGGUUGCGCCCUGUACUCUAUCUCGAACAUUGUGGUCGCGGCUCCCAAUCAUAUUGUUGGGGUCGUCGUAGGGCGAUUCGUCUCAGGGUUUGUCAGCGCUCUCCCCAGUACAGUGGCUUGUGGGUCUCUUGAAGAUAUGUGGGAUGCGAGAGCAAGAAUAUGGGCGUUGAGUAUAUACAUUGUGUUUGCUGUUAUGAGUCUAGGAGUAGGACCACCCGUUGGAACUUACCUCGCGACGUCCCCAGCCGGCUGGCAGUGGACCUACUGGGUUGCAGCUAUAAUUUCCGCUUUCAUCACUACAUUGGCUUUGUUCUUGAGGGAAAGCAGGGCUAGCCAGAUACUCAAAACUAAUAUGGAAAAGGUAGCUAAAAAGCACCAAGACAUAUCGAUGCCAAACUUCCGUCCUCUUGUCGAAGAGAACCCGCCCUCGUUGAAAUCUUUCAUAUCCGAGUGCCUUACACGUCCUGCUCGACUUUUCUUCACAGAACCCAUCAUAACGUCCAUCUCUCUUGUAUGUUCAAUUGUAUAUGCAACGAUAUACCUCUUCGCAGAAGCUAUCGAUGUUGUUUACACCGAUAGUUUUGGCUAUAACCCGAGACAGAGCAGCUUGAUUAACUUGGCCUUCACUAUCGGGCCCAUCUUCUCUUUAUUACCUCGACUUUACGACAUGCACAUCUCCAACAGGCAGAAAGAGAACCGCACGCCUGCUACACCCGAAAAUAAAUUAUUCGGGUUCUAUCUUGCAGCUCCCUUGCUUGCAGUAGCAAGUUGGUACUUUGCUUGGACUAUUCCGCCCGCAGUGACGAUGGUAUCACCGUUCGUCUCAAUGCCUGCUCUCGUCGUCGUUGGCUUUGCCGCCAGUGAGUUUGAUUAUGUAUUGUCAGGCUAUCUGACAGACACGUAUGGCUCAUGGGCGGCAUCAGCGAACGCGCCAUUGGCAAUCAUGAGGGCUCUGUUGAGUGGUGCUUUGCCUCUGUUCGGCACUGCCAUGUUCAAGAAUGUCGGAAACAAUGGAGCGGCCUCCAUAUUAGCUGGAAUUGCUACAGCUUACUGUCUUGUGGCCUUCUGCUUCUGGAAGUUUGGAAAGCGGAUCAGAGAGCACAGCAAGUUUGCAAUUCAUGACGAUGAUGAUGAGGAGGAGGUGACGGGUGCUGGUCCUGUCACUACUUUUGCCGAGACAGUGUAG